GACCCUACUUUUGUGAAGUUAUUCGAUUUUUUUUCUCCAGUGAUCAUAUUACAUUGAUUACCAGGUUACCUCAGUGAAAAAACACACGAUACAUAUUUAAAUUCAUUUCGGCUUAUAUGCAAUUUGAUUUUCAUUUGGGUCGUUGCGACCAACACAAGUCUAGAUAAAAUGCGAACACAUUUUUAUCGUGCCUAGCAUCACACAGCUCAAUCAUUUAAUUCACAGCGUGAGUGAGAGCAACAUCGAGUCUAAAGGGGACAAAAGUUACACUUUUUCCGAUUAUAGUAAAUAUUAUCGAGUUUACACCAUUUUUUGAAUUGGUUAAACUUAAAAAAAAUGAACGAAUGUAGUGAAAUGACCGAGAUGAAUGAAUUACAAAAUUAUAGCUCGUGCCGUGGUUCCACGUUAAUUUGGCAAAAUGUUAAUGUUUACACUAAAGAUAAGAAAAAUGGGAAUAGUACAAACAAUCUAAAACGUAUCAUAAACAAUUCAACGGGUUUUAUACAACCGGGCACUUUGAUGGCUGUAAUGGGAUCAAGUGGCGCCGGAAAAAGUACUCUUAUGUCAGCAUUAGCCUUUCGAAAUAUGCCUGGCACUAUUGUGGAGGGUAAUAUAUUAGUCAACAAUCGGCCAGUUGGACCUUUCAUGCACCGUUCAAGUGGGUUUGUGCAUCAAGAUGAUUUAUUCGAUGGUACCUUAACUGUAUUAGAGCAUAUGACCUUCAUUGCAAAUCUAAAAUUAGACAAGCGAAUUAGUCGUAAGGAGAAGAGCAACUUAGUAAACUCAACGCUGGCCAAGGUCGGUUUAUUACAGUGUAUAAAUACGCGAAUUGGUGACACAGAUAAAGGCAAAGCAUUGUCCGGUGGUGAGAAAAAGAGACUAUCUUUCGCUUCUGAACUGCUAACAAACCCAACACUCUUAUUUUGCGAUGAACCUACUACUGGUUUGGAUGCAUAUAGUGCACAACAGGUGACGAGUAUUUUGCUUCGUUUGGCCAAACAAGGAACGACAAUAAUGUGUACAAUUCAUCAGCCAUCCAGUCAAAUAUUUGCCAUGUUUCACAAAGUGUUACUCUUGGCCGAUGGUCGUAUCAGUUACAUUGGCACACCGGAUGAAGCUGUUUCGUUUUUCUCACUAAAUGGUUAUCAGUGUCCAUCAACGUAUAAUCCGGCCGAUUUUAUGAUCAGCAUUCUAUCGAAGACUGAACCGGGCAAGGAAUUGAAUAACGUUGCCCAUCAGCUUUGUGAUGCAUUUGAAGCAACACGUCAAGAUCACACCUGUGAAAUAUCAAAUGACUUUGCAAUCGAAGAGGAGCGAAAGUAUGACGUUCAAAAACCGCUUUGGAUAAUUACCGUCUAUUGGCUGAUCUAUCGGAAUUUACUAAUUGUGGCAAGAGAUCCGCAUAUUCAAAAGAUUCGCAUUGUAAAGGCAAUCGCUAUCGCGACUUUGGCUGGACUUUGUUUUUUUGGAUCGGUUACUUUAGAUCAAUAUGGAAUUCAAUCCGUUCAAGGAGCAUUGUUUAUACUUAUAUCGGAAAAUACAUUUUCACCCAUGUACUCGGCUCUCACAUUAUUCCCAAAUCGAGAUCCACUGUUUAUACGCGAACGACAAGCUGGCCUCUAUAACACACUACAAUAUUAUAUAACAAGCACUGUGGCACUGAUUCCGGGUUUAAUCAUCGAACCGCUCAUUUUUACCGUAAUUGUGUACAUCUUUGCUCAACUUCGACCGACUGCUUAUGCAUUCCUGAUGACAACGAUAAUUAUCAUUUUUGUGAUGAACAUAGCAACGGCUUGCGGAUGUUUCUUUUCCAUUGCAUUCAGAUCGGUCGAUAUGGCGAUUGCAUUUUUGGUACCAUUUGAUGUGUCUCUUAUGAUCACGUCGGGUGUCUUUAUCAAGCUCAAUUCUGUGCCGUUUGCUCUAUCCUGGUUAAAAUACAUUUCUUGGCUGAAGUAUGCAAACGAAGCAAUGACGAUUGUACAAUGGGAAGGAGUCACCAACAUAACAUGUAAUUUUGCCGCUCAAUUACCAUGCUUCGAAUCGGCUGAGGAGAUCUAUGAUUUAUAUAAUUUUACUGAAGAUGAUUUUAACACUGAUUUAUACGCAUUGACUGCGUUAUAUAUCACAUUCCAUGUAUUUGGUUUUCUUUUUUUGUGGCUACGAGUUAGAAAGUAUUAAUUUUUUUUUCUCUAAAAUUUGCAAACAUGUGCUGAACAUUAGAUAACAUUUUGUGUAAUUUUGUAAGAUUUGAAAACAAAUAAAUGUGCUCACGAAAGUAAUAAAACUUGAUUCAUGUUA